AUGGACGACCCAUUUAUUCAACACUUCCUCGAAAUCCGCCUCGGGCGCGAUGUUCCUACGGGUGACAUGGUGGCCAUUAAACUCGAGCACCGUUCGACUGCACCAUCACUUCUGCGCCAAGAGAUCGAAAUCUAUGAAGAGUUGAUUGGACAACCUGGCAUCCCUCGAGUGUUCUGGCAUGGCUACAACUGUGAUUUCCAGGUGGUGGUGUUUGAACUUCUUGGGCCCAAUCUCGAGGAUCUCUUUCGAUAUUGUGGUAAUAAAUUCUCACUCAAGACAACGUUGAUGCUGAUAGAUCAAUUCCUCCAUCGGGUUGAAAGUCUUCACGCGGUGGGCUAUCUCCAUCGUGAUAUUAAGCCCGAAAACUUUCUACUGGGCACUGGAAAGCAGGGUAACAUUGUCUACAUGACCGAUUUCGGACUCGCCACCUAUCGGAGGGACUCACACGACCAAGCCAUAAGUCACAAGCCUGCAGCCAGUCCCCGGAUUUCCUUAGUCGGCACCUGCCGCUAUGCUAGUAUCAAUGGCCAUUUGGACGUCGCUCCAUCACGGCGUGACGACCUAGAGUCGCUAGGGUAUAUGGCCUUGUAUUUUCUUCGUGGGUCCCUUCCCUGGCAAGGUCUGAAGGCCUCGAGUCGGCAGGAAAGAUACCGGCUUGUCUUAGAGCGGAAGCAGACGAUCAAGGUAACCGAACUCUGCCAGGAUCUGCCCGCGGAGUUUACUACAUAUAUGAACUACAUUCGUGGAUUGGACGACCAGGAUAAACCCGAUUACAAGCACCUUCGGAGCUUGUUCCGUCACCUAUUUCACCGUAAUGGCUUCGAGUAUGACUAUACGUUCGAUUGGACGAUUCGAGAGUUUGAAAGGCAGUCAAAUAUGAAUCAGCAACGUCCUGUGCCCUGUCCUAGCGUUGGGGAGCAAAAGACGAAGCGAACCGUUGCAGGCAACCGUGACCGAAAGAGGAGGCGUCGAAGAGAUGAUGCGAAGGAAUCAUAG